AUGAUCCUCACAGCGGAUGGGAGGGGAAGAGGAUACCGUAGACGCAUCCUCUCCAUUGCCUCCUCCGGCAGAGGAGGCUUCAGCAGAGACGCCGGAAACGACCCAAACGCGUUGCUGAUCCUCAACCUCAUCAAGGAGAGCGACUCGGAGUCGGCGGCGAAUGUGCACGUGAAAUCGAUUGGUUCUAAGACCUUCCUCCAAACGUCUCGGCCUGUAAAAGCCGGAGAAAAGCUGCUAGCCAAUCGCUUCACCGACCAGCUUAGCCAGCUCGAGGAGGCCGAGGAGGACAGCGAGAAGAUGGAGGAGCUCGACGUGGAGGAGGACGACGAGAUGGAUGGGGUGCACGAUGAGGAACGGUCUACCCAAUCUUCCGUCGAGCCGGGCGAGAUCCGAGAUUUUGGAGAAGGCUAUCACGCAUCUCAACACAAAUGUACUGUGUGCCCGAAGAGCUUCUCGAGCGCUAGCGGUCUUAAACAACACUCCCACAUCCACUGCAGCUCGAAGCCCUUCCGCUGCCAUAUUUGCAAUAAGGCAUAUACCCAAUUCUCGAAUCUGUGCCGUCAUCGUCGGGUCCAUUUGAGCACCACCAAGGAGGGCUGGAGGUGUCCGAGCUGUACGCAGCAGUUCCCGAAUCACGGGGCUUUGUCGAAGCAUCGGGCCACUUGCGGUAUGAUCGGCGCCGAGUCGAAACCUCCAAUGAUGUCCCCAAUGCUGCCCAUUUACUGGCAAUACCUUUGGCAGCAACUCCAACUCACCAAUUUCCCUCCUAUGCCUACGGUGGCUCCUCCGCAACACACGCACGCGUUGCCCCAAUUGACGCCUACUGAUUUUAGCCUCGAUCGAUUGUUGAAGCCGAUUGGAAAAUCCGACGGCAAGAGUUCGCCCUCCCCCUCCGCCUCCGAGCACGAACGAGGCAGUCCCAUCGACCUGACGGUCAAGAAAACCCCAAACUCUGAUGGCGGCGAGAGCAAUUCGGACUCGGGGAAUGAGGAUGACAAUGCGCAUACGGACGCCUCACCCGCCCGUGAUGAUCCCUCUCCCGUUGCGUCGAUUACAGUACCUCCACCUCCUCUACUCCCCCGAUUCGGAUCUGGUGCUCCCUCAUCUGCGAUGCCGCCCUUUGGCCCUCCUUCUCUGUUUCCGAUUUUAUCUCGAGCCUUCCCCUACCCGUCGGCCGGUUUCCCGGGUCACUCGAGCACGAGCCUGAUGCUCCCGAAAGGGGCCAAGGACCGGUAUACGUGCAAAUUCUGCCAGAAGGUCUUCCCACGAUCCGCGAAUUUGACUCGGCAUCUGAGGACGCAUACCGGGGAGCAGCCUUACAAGUGUCAACAUUGCGAGCGCUCAUUCUCCAUCUCCUCAAAUCUUCAACGACACGUCCGGAAUAUUCAUAACAAGGAGCGCCCCUUCCGCUGUAAUCUAUGUGAUCGAUGCUUCGGCCAACAAACGAACCUCGAUCGCCACCUGAAAAAGCACGACGAGUGGGCCACUUCCGCUUUUCCGGACGAUUCUCAGGACGAGGAUGAGGAU